CUGGUCUGUUCCACCACACCCCGAGUGAAAACAACAAUGACCAAAAAAGAAGCCUUUCAAAUUGAUGGUGCUGAAAAUAUUUCCUUGUUGUCACUUUUGCAUCUUGUGCCAAUACAGCCGAGAAAAAAUCCUUCCAGCUGUCUAUCUAUUUCUCAAAGUUAUACGUAUGCAUUGCCCCUGGAUAAGGAACGCAGCUUGGCUGGUACGCUAGCUUUCAUUUCGAGCAUACGAGACGACACUGAUCAUAUACCUGCGGUUUGUGUUGUAGAGGAACCUAAUUCAAAUUGUAUGGGAAUUCUUCUCGCUGUCAACAGAGUUGGGUUCAACGAUGGCACCAACAUUCUCCGUGACUUGAAACAAGGUUUCGAUAAGAUAUUUCAUAUCCUUGCAGGAAGACUUGAUGGCGAGUGUGAUGCUUCCAGCACAGAAAGUGAAGUUUUUACCGCGAUAGUGUCCAUGUGCACAUCUCGCAUCUUAAGCCGACUAGGUUUAAUACCAGGGAGGAAGCGAUCUAGAAAGUCUGUUAAGGACAGCCUUUCUGAAGCUAUCGACUGCACCAGACGCCUUGGUAAUGGCAAGAACCAACACACAAAAACAGUUGUCUUGUCGUUCGUAACGGCAGCGAAGGAUUUGAUCAAGCUUAUAAAUUCCUGGUGCAACCAUCAGACUACGGCGCGACUAGAAAACCUUGUUGAAGGUAUACAUCGAUUAUACCAGCAGCAGACAAUCCACGAGACACUCCGUCUGAUCCCAAAUAAAGAUAUGGACCCAUCAACAAGAAGAAGUCUAGUGAACAUGAUUAGUAAAGUUGCAAGAUAUCGACAGGCGACCAGAUUUCUGGUUCGCACCGCUAAAAAUUUCCCUAUGGUCAGACGAGCGAGAGUCGAAACUGUCAUCCUUCCGCAAGACGCAUUUCAACGUUUCUCAUUCGACGAGCGCGAACCUCAACUUCUGUCAACCGUCUUGCGGAUAGCACCGAAUAUGAAUGCGAACAACCUCAGUCAAAUUUGGCAUUUAUUGCAGACAACCGAAACAGAGGCUACUCGUCGAUUUUCACAACAAACAAAGAACACAUUAUAUCAAGCGAAGAUUCACGCGGAAGUACAGCUUAUUUUCCAUUGCGAGCUUCAGCGCCUGCUGAAGUUUCCUCGAGUGAUUGCUUCCAGCAAGGAUGCCUGUUAUCUGUGUAAUGCUUUUAUUUCCAUGCAUGGUACAGCGCAUGCGCCCCGAUGUCAUGGCAGAUUAUAUCCUGGCUGGAGGCUCCCAUUCAUUCCGCAUCUGAGUAACCUGGAACGACGGUUAAAUUGCUACCUUGAGACUGUAAUCAAGGAUAGUUUGAGUGCCAUGUUGUCAAAGCAAAAGCGAAUUAUGUUUCCGUUCCCACAAGAAAGCACACUGUUGACGCUGCCCACCUCGGCUUCAACGCUGGAAAGUAUUGUGCCUGGCUUGAGUCCGUUAUCAACGCGUUCGGAAAACAUAACCUCUGAAGAUAGUCAUUCAUCAUCCGCUGGGAGUCACGUCCAUGGAAAUCACGGUCAUAGGCUGGAUAUCGAUAGUACGGGCUCUAUUGUGGAUAUUUCUGUAACCGAAGAUAUUAUGGGGUCAGAUGAUCUGAGCUUGAACGGCUCGUCUGAUUCAGAUGUCUUAGCUGUUGACCUCCUCUAUCCAGGAACCUCGUUGACGAAGCAGAUGAAGAGCAUGUCUCCGCUAUAUACCGCAGGAUCACUAGAAGUACAAAUCGAAUGUGACGGGCGAUCACGAUCAGCAAACGCUCCCGCAAAUGGCCUAGUUUACACUAUCGAGUGGUUGACAGCCGAGGCGGUCAAAAAAUCUGAAGGAAAGUGUCAUUCAAGAUGUGUUAUAGACGUGGAAUCUCUUAAUGGCGAAGCUUCGCAUAUUAUGUGCAACGAGAAUACUUUAUACAUUGCCACUCGUGACUCUGUUAUAAGGCUCAGAUUUCACUCCAAGGCAGGAUGCGUAGAGUAG